AUGUCAAAACGUCAUUUCGAUAUGAUUUGUCAACGACAUCUGCCACUUAUUGCUGAUCGAAUUAUUGGUCUUAGUCUUUCUGAGCAUGAAGAAACUCCAAAACAGAUUAAUCUAUUUUAUUCUUAUCUUCUAUCAUUUAAUAAAUUUAUUCAAUUGCGAUCACUUUCAAUUAACGGUGUUCGGUCAUAUAAAAUACUAGUAAAAAUUACAGAUGAAUGUCAUCAUCUUUAUAAUCUAACUCAUUUAAACUUCUACAAUUGUUCUUUGGAAGAUAAUCAAGCUGAUUUUCAAUUACUUGUCAACAACAUUUGGAGUUUUUCCAAACUUGUUCACUGUAAUUUUAGUAUUGAUAUCAAAGGAAAAAAGUUUUUUCCUAUACCAAAAAAAAUCUCCUCAUCUCUCGAACGUCUAUCUAUAUAUGGAAGUACACUCAAAUUGCAUGAGAUAAACCGUUUAUUUGAAUAUACAAAUCGUCUUAAAAGUCUUUCAAUAAAUGUCGAAUUCGAUGAUGAUAAUAAUAAUUAUAUAUUAUCUCUAUUUCCAACAUUAAUUGAAUUGCACAUUAGUUGUUCUCAUCAAUUAGACAUCUCAAAAAUGAUUUCUUUAUUGCAAAACACACCUAAUUUACGCCGUUUGAACGUUAGUUUAUGGUUUAACUUCCUCGAUGGUCAUCAAUGGGAACAAAUCAUUUGUAACUACUUGCCCAAGCUCAAAAUAUUUCGACUCGGAAUGGAAGAGACACUUUCUUUUGAUCAAAAUAUAGAAGAACGAGUCGAUGAAUUGAUUAAUUCAUUUCGAAGUUCAUUUUGGAUUGAUGAACAUCAAUGGUUUGUUCGAUGUAUCAUCCAAAAGAAAACUAUUCAUCUUUACACUACAUCUAAAAUAUUUUACAACUACGACAGUGUACUUUUUGGCUCAAUAAGAUCAACUGAUCCACAGGACAAUCAACAAAAGUUUUAUAAUAACAUGACGAGCAUUGUAAAUGAAGCAUUCUUUGACCAACCGAUUCCCUCAUACAUUCGUUUACCUAACAUUGAAUAUCUUUGGAUAAAACUUCCUAUCAAUGAUCAAUUUUGGUCCAUUGUUCCAAGUUUAAAUCGUCUGAAUUCACUUACCGUGGUAUCCUAUAUUGAUACUUUCCAACCUCAAUUAAAAACUUUACUUAAUCGAGCACCUUGUCUUCGUCGACUAUGCAUCACUCAAGAUGCGCCGUUACAUUUACAAAUGUUAUUAUUCCGACACAUAAAUCCGUCAGUUCGUCAACUCGAUUUACGAGACUAUAAUCAUUAUUUCAAUAAAGAAGAGUGCAUUAGAUUGAGUCAUUCAUCAUUAGGUCGUCAAUGUGAAGUUCUUUCUAUCAUGAUUAAUAAUCGUGAAAGUAUUAUUUAUUUUAUCAAAAAAAUGAUCAAUCUCCGUUCAUUAAAUGUUCGAUGUGAAGAUGAAAAGUACUAUAAAGGAUUAGCACUAGCCAAGAACGGCAAUAAUAAAUAUCCUGAUGAAAAAAUACAAAACAAAGAUGAUCUUAUUCAAUGGUUAAAAGAUCAUUUGCCAUCAACAUGUUUGAUCGUAAGAAAUCCCCACUGGAUUAACCAUAUUCUGAUUUGGAUUUGA